AUGCCGCAUCGAGACACUUCUCAAGUGGACGGGAAGCUCAAAUUCCUCAUCAUAGGCGCUGGCCAACGUGGUGUAUCUUACGCAAACCCAAUUUCCCAGAUGUCAAAUGCAGCAAUCCAUGCUGUAGCAGAACCUGUCGACUUUAGACGCUGCCACUUUGGCGAAACAUACAUCUGGGGCAGAGAAAAUGAUCCUGCUGAGGGGCAAGAGUUCAGAAACUGGAAGCAGUGGCUAGCAUGGGAGACUGAGCGUCGCGAACUCGAAAAAUCUGGUGCAAGAGUGCCUAUUGGUGUCGAUGGUGUGUUUGUCUGCACUUUGGACGAAAUGCAUGUUGAGAUCAUGCUUGCAAUUGCGCCACUUAAACUCCAUGUCUUAUGCGAGAAGCCAUUGGCUACAUCUCUAGCAGACUGCAUGUCGAUAUUGCAGGCAUUUUCUCCAAUUCAUCAAGACAUCAUCUUCUCCGUUGGACAUGUCUUGAGAUACAGUCCACACAACCAAGUGCUGCGUAAGCUCCUCCUCACAGACCGUGUCAUCGGUGAUCUUCUGUCGGUGGAACACACCGAACCUGUGGGAUGGUGGCACUUCGCACAUAGUUAUACGCGUGGACAUUGGAGACGUUCAACCGAAAACAAAGACGGAUCUCUCCUGACCAAGAGUUGUCAUGAUAUCGACUUCCUGCUUUGGCUCCUGUCGCAAACUCCAGACGGGACAGCUGGAGAUAUUUCGGCUCAUCUACCAAGGACGAUCUCACCAACAGGAGCUCUGAACCAGUUCAGAAGAUCUCGAAAGCCAGUACAAGCCGGCGACGCCACGAAUUGUCUAUCCUGUCCCUACGAGCGGGAAUGCCAAUAUAGCGCUGUCAAGAUAUACGAUGAUGCUCGGUUGGCUGUGGGACAUACUCAUUGGCUCAACCACGUUGUACAUGAUAUCGAGGAUACUUUGCAGAUCUCAGGGGUUGACGCUGCACGGAAAAGUCUCCACGCACGACUAGGCCAAGACUAUACUAACGGAGUCACGCCCGAUGCAGAAAUUGCGGAACGACCUUGGUACGGACGCUGUGUCUACGAGAGCGACAACAACGUCUGUGAUGACCAAGUAGUCACAAUCAAAUGGGACGAGGAUGACUCCUCUCCUCUUCGCCGUCCAGGCAAGCUCGCAACUCUCCACAUGGUCGCCAAUACCGAAAAAGAGUGCGAGCGUAGAGGCAUCAUAUAUGGAUCCCACGGCGAGCUCUCAUAUGACGGCAAAACCAUCAGAUACUUCAGCUUCGAUGACAGGAAAGAAACUGUUGUCGCAACACCUAACGCUCCCGAAUUUGAGCGAAAGAUCAAAUCUCAUGGAGGAGGUGACCGAGGUUUGGCUACAGCAUUUGUCUCCGCUGUCGAAGCUGUCAAGCAUAAUGGUGCCAAAACAGAAGAUGCUCAGAGGCUGUUUGUUGGUUGCACUCUCGAAGAUGCCAUUAGAGCGCAUGCUGUAGUCUUUGCUGCCGAAGAGGCCAGAAGAGAUGAGAAAAUUGUUCACUGGGACGCAUGGUGGGAGAGCAAGAGACAGCAGUACGAAGUCCUGGAUUAA